UUAAAUCAUCAUCAGGAUAAAGUGACUUUACAUGGUCGGGUUUAUAUUCAAGUUGACAUUUAUGGACAACUUUCUCAUUCUGUAAUAAAAUUAAUCACAUUAUAUAUCCAUUAACUCAAAAAGAAUUUUUUUACGCAUAAUUAUGCAAUACCGGAUUUUUUGACAUGGGUUCAGGUACAAGUUGCAUCAGAUCCAUAAUUACCAGCAGUAAACAAAGAAUACUAUUUUUUUUUCAUGACACGGGCCCUGAAAAAUAUAAUUACGUUACUUAAAAGCAUGACAUACAGCUGCUUAGUGGAUUCAGCUGAUAUAUAAUUGCAGCGACACGAGUAAAGAAGGAAUAAUAAAAGUCAGCUGAUGACAUUACAAUGUAAAUCAUUAAAUAAAUGUGAAAGAAGAUCGUGAACUUGAGAGUCAAGAGCGAGAGAAAGAGAGGGAGAGACAAACAGAGACAACAAAAGUUUUUUUGUUUGGAUUUGUAUUGGCUGUAGACUGUAGUAUACUUUAUUAAUAUUUAAUAUCAAGUAUUCAGCUGAACUUUAUCAGAAACUGCAGUCAGUCUUCCGUCAACUCUAGACACGUGUCUUUGGAGACGCGAUGGCUCUUGAAGAUGCUGAGGAUUAUCAUACUGAUGAUGCAGUUGUCAUACAAUUACCAAUAGAGGUUAUUAUACACAUAAUGUCAUAUCUAUCAGUAUCUGAUAGAAUGGCUGCUGGUCUAGCAUGUCAUCAAUGGCACGAAGCAUCACUCAGCACUAAAUUUGUUGAUAAACAAGCUGUCAUUAUCAGUAGAGAAGACGAUAACUUGCAACUUGUUAUGAAUACGUUGUUUAAAUCACAGAGACCUUUUCAUCAUUUUAUUUUUAAACAAGUUGAGAUUAAAAGAAAUUUACCUAUUUGGGAUAAAUUUGGUGGAACUAUCCGUAGUUUAAUAUUGGUCUGCUGUGAUUUAAGUGAAAGAACACUUGUUACAAUAUUAAAAUGUUGUAAAAAUUUACGCACAUUACAUAUCAAUGCUUGUAGAGAGUGUUUGAUGUCAGGAAGAUUACUGGAUGAUGAAAAAGACGUUAAAGAAUUAUCAGAUAACUUUAAAUCCUUGAUCGAACUGAGUUUGGCGUCAAAUAGAUAUCUCAGCGACGCGCUUUUCAAUAGAAUUGUUUCGAUAAGUCCCAAUUUACAGUCACUCAGUUUGACAGACUGUCAGCUGUCAUUUCACUCAGGUGUUUACAAACGUUUUUAUCCAGACAAUAAUUCAGUUGAACAGGCAUCAGAGUCAUUGUUGACGUUUUUCAAUGUUUUGUUGUACAUUAAGAGACAGGCAAAAAUACUUAAGCACUUGAGUUUUGGAUCGACGUUGAUUGACAGCACGGCUUUAAUUAGUUUGGCAGGCGUUGAAGGAUUGAAACUGGAGUCGCUUAGACUAAGAUCUUGUGAUCAGCUGACAAAUGCAGGAUUACGCAGUUUAAAUAAUCAAAUAAAUCUCAAAGUGUUGGAUAUAAGUUUUUGUACACGAGUUACUGAUCAAAGUUUAAUUUGUAUCUGUCAAAAUUUGAUAAAUCUAGAAAGUCUUAACAUAAGACGCUGUCGUGCUAUCACUGAUUACGGAGUCUCGCAGUUGCGUUUGUUGAAAAAAUUAAUAGAACUUGAUAUUUCAGAGUGCGAGCAAUUAACGGGUGCGUGUAUUACCCAGGGAUUAUGUUGCUCGGCAAUUAAUGAGUCGAAAUUAACAAGCGGCACGGCGCAGUAUCAUGAUCCAGAGAAUUUAAAUGAUAAAUCUGACGCACGUACUGAUGAAUCAGUAAAUGAGACUCGGAAUAAUUUACUGAACAAUUGUUUACAAAUAUUGUCAGCAAAUGCUUUGAAUUUAGAUGAGAAAUCAAUUGAGUGCAUUGCCAAUACGUUACCAAAAUUGACAUUUCUUGAUAUUGGAUAUUGUUUCAGUGCAGUUAAUGACAAAACAAUUCAAAAAGUAUUUAAAGAGCUUACGAUGUUGAGGACACUAAGAAUAAGUCGCUGUGAUAAAGUCAGUGACGCCGGGUUGACUGGAAUGGGUGCAGGUAAUCGUGUUAAUAACGUUGACUCGAAAAUUGAAAAAAUAAUACCGGAACUUACGGGAUCGAGAUUCAAAAUAAGAUUAGGGUCGAGAGCUGAAGAAGAAAUAGUAAGAGAUGCUUACAGGAAAAGAGAAGUUAUGGAAAUGUGUGAAGAUACGACUUCACCGUGUGAACUAGAUAUUUUCUCGGGGUUUUCGCUGAUCCGCUUGAGAGGAUUGAGAGAACUUGAUCUUACGGGCUGCAAUAAAGUAACUGAUGUUAGUUUGAAGCAUGCGUUUACUUUUCCUGAGUUACGUGUUCUGGAUUUGAGCAUGUGUCAGCAGAUUACUCACGUAGGACUUGACUAUCUCACAAAAAAUAAUAAAGCAAUCGAAGAUUUAAAUCUUUCCCAGUGUCACAAUGUCACGGAUAUCGGUAUUUUAUACGUCGCACAGAGAUUGUACAGAUUAAAACGCCUUCAAAUUAGAGGCUGCUCACAAUUAACAGAUCACAGUCUUGCUGGGAUAAAAUUGUACUGCAAAAAUCUUCAGUAUUUAGAUGCCAGUUUUUGUCGUGGAGUAACAACUAGUGGUAUUGAAAGUCUUUGUUCUCAUUUACAUGUUAAAUUUUCAGAACAACUUGACAGUCUGAGUACCAGAGAUAUUCCAGUACCGCCUUUAAUACGGAGAUAAAUUUAUAUUUUUAAAAUAUUAAGGAAAGCCGAUUCGGAAUUAAAUUCCGUCCCUGUUGAAUGUGCAAUUCUAGUGAAAAAAAAGUAUAUAUAUAAUAUAUAUAUAUGAAGAAUAGUAUUUAUUAAAAA